GGAGAUAUCAUGGCAACCCAAGAGAGAAAAGCGCAGUGAGCCAGAGGAGAUGAAUUUUUUUAACGUUACUACUAAGGUACCAUCCACCCUGCCACCCCCCGCUCAUCUCAUGACACCCAUUCACUUCUCUGCCCUGUUGAUUCUUAAACCUCCCAACCCGCAGGUUUGGAAACGAUUUUUCGAUAUUUUCAACGACUUGCCUUAACUACCUCAGAUGUUAAAACACCAAGUCGUCUCAUAACUCCGGAGAUCUCCCAAAUUCGACACCCAAUUCCUCAUACUUCCUCAAACUCCAUCUUCAUCAGAUAUAUCACGGAUCAGACGACGUCCGAACCUUCAAAUGUCUUGAUGCAACGCUUACCGGGCCCUCCUUACAACAAACUCCAUCUUAGCUUUCGAAGCAUAAUCUUUCCCCCGCCGCUCGGAUGCCCGCUGUCAGAAAAGAUCAGAUAAUCAUUUCAAGGGCCUUUCCCUUCAAACCGUAUCUUACACAUUCCGUCAUCUUGACUAGGUGUCUUAAGCCUGAUACAAGCUACGAAGGAGACCAGCAUAUCCAGCCCAGUGAUUACGGUCCUGGUGCCCGGGGAUAUAGGUAGAGGCACGCCUCGAUAUAUCGGUACGAACGACUUUUGAGAUAACAGCGCGGUGCACUCAUUGUCGUCGAUACCAUUCCUUCGAGUCGACACAGUUUACUUUCGUUAUUCACAUUCUCCGCUGGCUCGGAUACCGUUUUUUAUUACCAUUAAGACUUUUUAUUAUUCAACCGUACUGACGAACUGUACCAACGAUACCCUUUUCUUAUUUCCUCUACAGUCUAUCGCAAGACUGAGUAUUUGUAACUUCUCUCACAUAUUUUCGAACUUUUCUUCAUUCAAGGAUAGAAUGGGAAGACUUAUCAAGAACCACUGGGCACGUCUAAUUGUCCUCACUGCCGCAAUUUAUCAAGUAGCAGCUGCAAUCGAAGGAUUCUUCUGGCCCAAAAUCUUCUGGGACUUCCUCACCAAGAAUCUCGACGGUGCAGUCAAGCCAUUUCCAAUACUACAAAUAAUCAAUUUGGUUUUUGGUCUCUUCAUGCUAGCUUGGGAGUGGCCACUUGGAUUCAUCGCUGGCACGUCUUUCUAUCGCAGCAUCGAGGCUCGACUGGUUGUCCUCCCUUUGACAGCUCUGGCUGCCGCAUUACUAUAUCAAGCCACCAAUCCCGCUAUCUACUACACCAUUGCACUGGUGGUAUAUUUCUGGGCAUAUAGUGAAGGAGAAGUGAUAGCAGGUGUUUGGAAGCUUCCUCCUCGGAGAUCCGCCACGGGGAAAGUUUAACGAAAGGACAUGAUGGCGUGCUGGGUGAGGGAUAGAAAAGGAAGGACGGGAACAAUGGUAGAGGGAUAUGGAACGGCAUGGAUACACAUGAAUGACUACGACAUCUCAAUCACCCAGCUGCAAGGACAGGGUUGCAUAUCAGGGUUGGAGUUACGAGGGGCUGGGGGAUAUACAUCAGCGGUUGGCGUUUAAUCUUUGAGCGUGGGGUAAUGUGAGAUGAAUGGAUGGAAGGAUGGAUAUGGAAAUUUUGAUGGUGGAGAGAUGCAGUAAGAAUUAACUACGUUUGAUAGUCUUUUUCGAACUUCCAGGUGUUGUCUAUCGUUAAAAAUUCACAACACCUGACAAACUACUCAGUAGUUAAAUUUAGUUUAGCAACGGGGAGGUGUGUAUCGAGAGACAGCCACAUAGACAGACUGUCUAGUCAAAGAUUAGUAUGCGCACUUCAUGCAUACGUACAUCUCUCAUAUUUAAUGUCAAAUCGAAUACCACUACCAUUCUCCAAAAUAUACUGUUCGUUCGCUGGCUUUGUUCGCUCUCCUCUUUUUCUUGCAAAUGUCACUACUAUCGUGAAGAUUUCAUACAUAUGCACACUAUCAUCUAAUCACCUCA